AACCGGUUGAUCUCUUGGACCGCGUCCCUCGUGUACAAGAAAAUCACGAACCCGAAAAAUCGUAUAUUUCUAUCAUCUCCUUCCUUCACGAAAUUCAAUCCAAAAUCGAUCUCCGAUUUCUCUUUAAUUUCACUCCGUUUUUCUUAAUCGAUUGCCGAUUGUUUCAAUUCGCUUUCCCCUCUUUCGAUUGAUACCAGUUUCGUUCUCAGCCGUUGAUUUUUUAAAACUCUAGGGUUAGGGUUUCUUAGUCGCGUCCUUAGCGACUAUUUUUUCCUUUAGGUUCUUGAUUUCUUAUGGGCUGUGACUCUAUUUUGUAUAUACUGUAAUUCCCCUGUCAAUUUGGUUCAAUUGCUCUUGAUUUUGUGGAUCUGUUUGAGAUUAGGGUUUCGAAGAUUUUGUUUCGUUUAGGGUUUGUGUGGAAAUCUGUAAAUUGGUUUAGGGCUUUUAUUCCUCUCGUAAUUCCGAUUCUAAAUUACCCUUUUUUGGCUAGAAAUUUGGUGUAUAGUUGGCGAACAGGGAAUUUAGGGUUAGGGUUUUUGUUUUUGAAAAAUUAGGUUUUCUUUUUAUCAAAUUGAUUUGGGGAUUCUGUCUGUGGAACCAAUUAAUCAUCUUAGCUGUCAAAUUCAUUACCUUUCACGACCAAAUCAGGUGCCAUAAUUUUCCUGUCCUGUUUUAGGGUUUGGAUUAGAAGAAGUUUGGAGGAUAUUAUGGGUUUUAAGCGACCUUUUGAUUGUGAGGACCUCCAUGAGCUUCCCUUUAAGCAGGCUAGACAGGUCCAUGAGCUUCCUUUUAAGCAGGCUAGACAGGUGGACUAUAGCAACAAGAUGACUCAGUUUGCAAAUUUAUAUAGAACUACAUCUCAGGGAACUGAUGUUACAGAUGAUCAUGAGGGAAGCUUUGCAAAAACUCAACAACAUCAGGCAUUUGAGAACAAAAGUAUCUUUGAAGCUUCAAAUUUGGUUGAUAAUUUUGGAAUCAAUGAUCCUUGGUCGGCGAUUACCACUAAUUUUAAUGGUGAUGAUUUUGGUUCUCGUUUAGCACCACACUCUUCUGAUUUCUUGGAAACUUGUGAAUUAGAUUCCCUUCAGAGAUCAGAAGCUUCUGAGGAUACUUGCUCUUCCUCCUUGGAUUCUUCUCCUAGAAAACCAAUUCCUCUUGGGCCUAAUCAUCAAGCCAGCAUUCCGGUGUGGGAUGGUCAUGUAAAUAAGAAACAGUUAGGACAAAAAGACUCUUUACGUCCCAUUAGCUCCUUGCUCUUGGAGUCUAAUUUCAACAUUUAUAAUGACGAUGAAGAGAAGCUUAUGGGCACUUGCAUCAUUCCAAUGCCAGACAUAGAGUCAUCUGGCUAUAAUAGUAACGAGGUUGGAGUUGGGAAAAAAGACUGUAGUUGCAUGGAUGAAGGUUCUGUCAGAUGUGUACAACAGCACAUAAUGGAAGCUCGGGAAAGGCUGCGAAGAUCACUUGGGCAUGAGAAAUUAGUUGAUUUGGGUUUUUACGAGAUGGGAGAGGAGGUAACAAACAAAUGGACCAAGGAAGAGGAACGGGUGUUUCAUGCAGUUGUGAAUUCCAAUCCUGCGUCAUUGGGGCAAAAUUUUUGGAAGCAUCUGUCACAUGUGUUCCCUACACGAUCAACCAAUGAAAUUGUCAGCUAUUACUUCAAUGUCUUCAUGCUUAGGAGGCGGGCUGCUCAGAACAGAUCCCACUUGCUGGACAUUGACAGUGAUGAUGAUGAACUGCAUGGAAUUAAUAGAGGAUCCUACAGAGCUCGAAUAGUAGAUGAAGAUUAUGACUCUGACAAUGAGUCUAUUGAUCAAUAUGAUCAUGAAGACCAUGGAGAGGAUACGCUUGUUGAAAACGAUGAUGAAGAUGAUGAUGAUGAUGAUGGUAGUGAUGGUGAUGGGGAACUUGGAUACAAUAGUGGAGAGGCUACAGGAGAAGAUUCUGGGGUAGACAAUGCCUCAGAAGCGCAUGAUAUGAAGCCAUUUAAUGGGAGCAAAGUUGAUUCGUCUAAGCAUUUCAAUAAAUAUACAGAAAGUGUUCAAGAUGACUCGUGCAUGUCAUUUGAGUUCCAAGCUGACUCAGUUGAAACUGAGGGUGCUUUGGGAGGUAGUCAAGUUAAGAGCAAUCAAACUGAAUGCUUCCCUGGUAGUGUUGAUGGGUACAGCGAUGGAGUGGACCAGCUAUACUUAUUGGACUCCUGUGAUGCGAAAGCUUGGGAUACCCGUUACUCAGCUCCCAUUAAAGGUGUCGAUCUUCUACCAACAUGUAACAUAAUUGAAGAAAUUUUUGGGCUAGGAACAUCCUGCGACAAGUAGUAACUUCCGCAGCUGCUAGUUUCUUUGCCUUUUUGGGAGCAUUCCUUGGUGUACAGUGUGCAACUAUGGCUUUUUAUUAGCCAAGUAAAAUGUAAGAAUUUUUUUUUCUUAGGAUCAUUAGUAAGAAUUUUCUUUCCUUUUCAGGAUCAUUAGUUCUCUGUUUUUUUUUUUGGGUGGGGGAAGUAGGAUGAGAGAUAAGAAAAAGAGGAGAUUUUGGUUUUCUUAAUGAGCAUUCAUCAUCUGUGGAAAAUUGGAAUGUAACUUCUUCAAUAUUCCCUCGAAGCUUUCUCCAUUUGUUUAUUUAUAAGUUAUUAUAAACUAUAAAGGAUUAAGGGGUACUUUUCCCAAUUCCAAAUUA